AACAGACUGAAGAACAAAAAGGUGGAGCUAUAUGUAUCAGCAAACCAUCCAGUAGUACAGCAAUAAACAAGGCAGGUCAACAAGUUCCAGACGUUAAAAGUCACAUCGACAGUGAUCAAAUUAAAAAGAUGUCUCCAUCACUGUUGAAUUGUUUCACAAAAGAAAAAGGAACUCUGAUUACAGAGCAAAUAACUGUUAAGGUUAUUGAUGUUCUUCCAUUAGAAAAGUACCAGAAAAGAAAUGGAGAAUCUCGCGAAAUGUUCAGAGCUUCAGUCUGUGAUGCCACCUAUGUCUGUAUAACCAACGUUUAUGACUCAAAAAAAGUCACCAUAAUACAACCAAACAAAGUUCUCAUACUGGAAGACUUCUAUAUCAGAAAUGGUGAAAUUUCAAUAACAAGCAAAACAAACGUAUUCAAGGCAGGUGAUCCACCGGAAAUUCCAGAUGAUAUCAUUGAUAAAGCAUCAUUGUUGUUGAGAGGUCUACAGUUUCCUUAUAGAGGUCUAUUGCGUGGUAUAGCUGACUUACAUAGGUACAAAUGUUGCAUCAAUGGGAGAUGUCGUAAAAGGAAGUUACAAGAAAACAAAUGUCCAAAAUGUGGCCGGUUGUACACAGAGACUAGUUCUGAGUAUGCAUUUGUUGGAAAACUUUCGGUGGAGACUGACAGUGAAAAUAACACUUAUACUAUUUUUACACCUCAGGUAGAACAGCUUUGCACAGAUUUGGGUUGCAACAUAAAAAGUACCUCACUGGAAGAUGACAUUGUCCAGAAACUCUCUGUUAAUAUCAAAUUCAAGAAAAAUGGAGAAAAAAUCACAAAAAUUUCAGUUGAAACAUCAGUUGACGUUCAUGGGUUUUAAUACUGAACUUUGCACACCUGUCUCAUAAUUUUACAGAGUCGGUAAUGGCUUCCAUAGGAAACUCUGGACCUGCUAAA